AAAUAUUAUUAUCAUUUUAAUUUUGAAGUUUUGUAAAUUUUGAAUUUGUAAUUUUUUUUAUAAUUAAAAUUUUUUUCCACCAAUCAAUCAAUCAAUCAAUAAUGGCAUCCGCUUCGCAAACUGAUCUUGAACGACGUAAACAGAUUAGUGUUCGUAAUAUUGCUACCGUUGGUAAUGUAAAUGAUAUAAAACAAUCAUUUAAUCGUCAUUUACAUUAUACAGUGGUUAAAGAUCGUAUCGUAUCAACAUCAAGAGAUUUUUAUUUAGCAUUAGCACAUAGUGUACGUGAUCAUUUAACAUCUCGUUGGAUUCGUACACAACAAAAUUAUUAUGAAAAAGAUCCAAAGCGUGUUUAUUAUCUAUCAUUAGAAUAUUAUAUGGGUCGUACAUUAACAAAUACAAUGAUUAAUAUUGGCAUACAAUCAGCAUGUGAUGAAGCAUUAUAUCAAAUGGGUUUGGAUAUUGAAGAAUUGGAAGAAAUCGAAGAAGAUGCUGGUCUUGGUAAUGGUGGUUUAGGACGGUUAGCAGCUUGUUUUCUUGAUUCAAUGGCAACGCUUGGUAUGGCCGGUUAUGGUUAUGGUUUACGUUAUGAAUAUGGUAUAUUUACACAGAAAAUUAUUGAUGAAGAACAAAUAGAAGAACCGGAUGAUUGGUUACGUUUUGGUAAUCCAUGGGAAAAAGCUAGGCCAGAAUAUCUGAUACCUAUACAUUUUUAUGGUCGUGUUUUGCAUGAUGAAACAGGUGCACAUUGGAUCGAUACACAAACAGUACAAGCAAUGCCAUAUGAUAGUCCAAUACCUGGUUAUCAAAAUAAUUAUGUUAAUACAAUGCGUUUAUGGUGUGCAAAAUCACCACAUAAUUUUAAUCUAAAAUUUUUUAAUAAUGGUGAUUAUAUACAAGCUGUACUGGAUAGAAAUUUUGCCGAAAACAUUACACGGGUUUUAUAUCCAAAUGAUAAUGUAUUUGAAGGACGUGAAUUACGUUUAAAACAAGAAUAUUUUCUUUGUGCUGCAACAUUACAGGAUAUUAUUCGUCGGUAUAGGAAUGCAAAAUUUGGUGAACAGAUUGUUGUCAGGAAUUCGUUUGAUGAAUUUCCGGAUAAAGUUGCCAUACAAUUAAACGAUACACAUCCAUCAUUAGCCAUACCGGAAUUGAUGCGUAUUUUCAUUGAUUUGGAAAAAAUGCCAUGGGAAAAAGCCUGGAAUAUUUGUACAAAAGUUUUCGCUUAUACUAAUCAUACUGUACUACCGGAAGCAUUAGAACGUUGGUCAUGUGGCCUAUUAGCACAUGUUUUACCCAGACAUUUAGAAAUUAUUUAUGAAAUUAAUGCUAGACAUUUACAACGUGUUAGUGAAUUAUAUCCAAAUAAUCUGGAUAAAUUACGUAGUUUAUCAUUGAUUGAAGAAGGUGAUGAUAAAAAAGUUAAUAUGGCAAAUUUAGCUGUUGUUGGUAGCCAUAAAGUUAAUGGUGUUGCGGCUAUUCAUUCGGAAAUUAUAAAGAAAACCGUAUUUAAAGAUUUUUAUGAAAUGACACCGGAAAAAUUUACAAAUAAAACAAAUGGUAUAACACCACGUAGAUGGUUAUUAUUAUGUAAUCCCGGUUUAUCUGAUUUAAUAAGUGAUAAAAUUGGUGAAGAAUGGAUUAUUCAUCUAGAACAAUUACAAAAAUUAAAACAAUUUAUUAAUGAUGCAAAUUUCAUACGUGAUAUACAACGUGUUAAACAAGAAAAUAAAAUGCGUCUAGCUGAAAUAUUAAAAAAAGAAAUGAAUAUUGAAAUUAAUCCAGCAUCAUUAUUCGAUAUACAGGUUAAACGUAUCCAUGAAUAUAAAAGACAAUUAUUGAAUUGUUUACAUAUAAUUACAUUAUAUAAUCGUAUUAAAUGUAAUCCAAAUAUAUCGAUUGUACCACGUACUAUUAUGAUUGGCGGAAAAGCAGCACCCGGUUAUCAUAUGGCCAAACAAAUUAUUCGUUUAAUUAAUAAAGUAGCUAAAGUGGUUAACAAUGACCCAGUUGUUGGUAAUAAACUUAAGGUUGUUUUUCUGGAAAAUUAUCGUGUAUCAUUUGCUGAAAAAAUUAUACCAGCUGCUGAUUUAAGUGAACAAAUUUCUACAGCCGGUACUGAAGCAUCCGGUACUGGUAAUAUGAAAUUUAUGUUGAAUGGUGCCCUAACAAUCGGUACAUUGGACGGUGCAAAUGUUGAAAUGAUGGAAGAAAUGGGUAAAGAAAAUAUUUUCAUUUUCGGUAUGAAUGAACAAGAAGUUGAACAACUUAAACAAACGGGUUAUAAUGCAUGGAAUUAUUAUAAUACAAAUGUUGAAUUGAAAAUGGCAAUCGAUCAGAUUAAUAAUGGUUUUUUCAGUCCAAAAAAUCCGGAUAUGUUUAAAGAUGUUGUUAAUGUUUUACUUAAUCAUGAUCGAUUUUUUGUUUUUGCUGAUUAUCAAUCAUAUUUGGAUUGUCAGGAAAAAGUUUCCGAUUUAUAUAAGAAUCCAAUCGAAUGGACACGUAAAACAAUAUUGAAUAUUGCAUCAUCGGGAAAAUUUUCCAGUGAUCGUACGAUUGCCGAAUAUGGUCGUGAAAUUUGGAAUGUUGAACCAUCGUUUGAUAAGUUACCUGAACCACAUCAAACACCUACUGCCAACAACACAAAUAACACCACCGUCACUAAUAACACUAACGCAACCAUCACUAAUAACGCAACCAAACCAAUGAAAAAUGGUUUAAAAAAUGAAUAAAAAAUUCAUUAAUUAAUUUUGUUGAAAUUAUAAAACAAAACAAGAUUUUUAAUUAAAUAAAAAUUACUAUUAU